AUGCCAAAUUUAGCAGGCGGUCCGCUAUUGCCUUAUCCGCCUGCUCCGCCAUCGAUAUUCAUACCAUCAAAUCUAAUUCCAUCAUCAUAUAUACCAUCGUUCGCUGCCGCAGCUGCUAUGUCCGCUGCUAUGAGCGCUGUCACCCAUCGUCAAAUACAACGAACAGUUUCGCCAGUAGCAACCAAGACCGAUUCAACAACUAUAUCGGUAAACUCGUUUUUAUCAUUGUCAUCACCUCAAAAUCACGCCUGCUCUUCACCUCCUCUUUCUUGUGCUGUUUGUGGUGAUGUUUCCAGUGGAAAACAUUAUGGUAUGUGUCAUUUUCAAUACAUCGCAGCGUCAAAAAAAUUUAAAGGAUAUUUUUGCGAUUCAAUAUUUCAAUCGCUUCGAAUUGAAAGUCCAAUUAAUAACAUUCCUUUAUGCCUAUAUGGCAAUAAAAAAUGUAAUGAGGCUUAUACUCGUAGAGAAUUUGAGGGAAAAAUAUUUGAGGGCAUAUUGGCAUGUAAUGGAUGCAGUGGCUUUUUCAAGCGAAGUGUUCGUCGACGAUUAAUAUACAGGUGUCAAGCGGGUACCGGUUUAUGCAUAGUUGAUAAGGCUCAUCGAAAUCAAUGCCAAGCAUGUCGACUGAAAAAAUGUCUUAACAAAGGCAUGAAUAAAGAUGCUGUGCAAAAUGAACGACAACCGAGAAAUGCGGCAACAAUUCGUUCGUGCAUUAAUCCUGAAUUCCACAAUUCAUCAAUUUUUUUCUCUCAAUUGUCUUAUAGAUUUGAAUGUAUUGAUAAAGUGACAACGAUUACUGCAGGUGAGACACCAGAUUCAACCUCUGGUACUGCCAAAAGCAUUUCACCAGAGGAAAGAGCCAAGUCAAAUGAGAAAGAAGAAAGCAACAUUGAAGAAAUAAAAGGAUUGGAAAAUGAAACAGUACAUGAGACUGCAGCUCGCCUUCUAUUUAUGGCCAUCAAAUGGGCGAAAAAUUUACCGUCGUUUACUCUCUUAUCAUUUCGAGACCAGAUUAUCCUACUUGAAGAAGGAUGGUGCGAUUUGUUUCUGUUAAGCAUUUAUCAGUGGUCGCUCCCAAUGGAUAAAUGUCCUCUACUUAGCAAUUUAAUUCCAUUAUCAACGAAUGGCUUACGAUAUCUCCAAGAUGUUUUUAUGAGGAUCAGGAAGUACGAUGUUGAUCAAACUGAAUUUGCUUGUCUCAAAGCAAUUGUUUUAUUCCGACCAGGAAAAUACACAUCACAGCUACUAAUGGGCAAUUUAAAUAGGCUCUUUAUUGCGACUUCAAGAAUUACUGAUUGA